ACUCCAAAAUUACAAAAAUGCAUACUUUAUUUGUGGUUUUAACUAAUAUACAUUUAUUGAGGUUAUACAUGUCUUAUAAUCAUCAAAAUAAUGGUUAUAAAUACAUUUACAAUUAAAUUGGUACAAUUAAGAAUACGGAAAUACAGGAAAGGCUAUUAACAAAGAAAUGGACGUCCAAAAUGUUAAACAAGAAAUAGAUAACCACGAUGAUUUCCUGUUAAAUAUCGAUAUAAAAAAAGACUUAAUUGACGAAGUAUCUUCAAUAAAAACUCAAAAUACAAAUGAACAAAUAAAUGAAAUUCAUUCUAUCAAACAAGAAAUCGACGAUGACUUGAUUACAAAUAAAAUAUUUGAUAACAAUGUGUAUGCAACUAAUAAAACAAAAAGGAACAUUUCGAGUACUCAAUUCAUACCAAACAAACCGGGAUAUUCGAAAAUUGCCCGUAGAAAGGGAAUUAAAUUAAAAGGACUGAUGAGAGAUGGAAAAGAUAUUCAAUCAAAUGCUAUUGGGUUAAUGAUAUGUGUAUAUUGUGGGAAGCUAUACACAAAACAAGUAGAAUUGUCAAGACACAUAACAAUAAAUCAUUGUAUAAAACUAAAAAAUUUUUAUAAGAUGAAAAUUCAUCAUAAAAGUAAAAAUGAUACAUUUAUUGUGGAAAAUAUUGAUAUAAAAGAUGAAUUUGAAAUAGUUGAACAUGAAUUGAAAGUGGAGCUGCCAGACGCUACAAACCAGUUGAAUGUUACUAAUAAUGUGAAAUCAAUUCAAACCAAUUCAAAUAAGCAUACUUACACAAAGACAAAACCAUUAAAAUGUGGUAUUGGUAGGAAACUUUUCUCUUAUGAAAAUAAUUUGAAUAUGAAAAUGAAUAGUCAUAAGAGAGAAAAGCCAUUUCAGUGUGAUAUUUGUUACAAAACUUUUUCAUAUAAAAGUAGUUUGAAGACACAUUUGCGUAUCCAUACAGGAGAAAAACCUUUCAAAUGUAAUGUUUGUUUGAAAACUUUUUCAGAAAACGGUAGGUUGAAGAUACAUUUGCGUAAUCAUACAGGAGAAAAGCCAUUCAAAUGUGCUAUUUGUUUGAAACCAUUUUCACAAAACAUUCUUUUGAAAAUGCAUUUGCAUAGACAUACAGGAGAAAAACCAUUCAAGUGUGACAUUUGUUUAAGAACUUUUUCAGAUAGGAGUAAUUUGAAGAGACAUUUGCGUAGUCAUGCAGGAGAAAAGCCAUUCAAAUGUGAAAUUUGUUUCAAAACUUUUUUACAGUCAAUUGAGUUGAAGGCACAUUUGCGAAGUCAUACAGGAGAAAAACCAUUCAAAUGUGAAAUUUGUUUUAAAACUUUUUCACUUAGAGGUAACUUGGGGAAACAUUUGCGUAAUCAUACAGGAGAAAAGCCAUUCAAAUGUGAUAUUUGUUUUAAAACUUUUUCACAGUCAAGUAGUUUGAAGACACAUUUGCGUAUUCAUACAGGAGAAAAGCCUUUCAAAUGUGACAUUUGUUUCAAAACUUUCUCACAGUCAAGUGAUUUGAAGACACAUUUGCGAAGUCAUACAGGAGAAAAGCCAUUUAAAUGUGAAAUUUGUUUUAAAACUUUUUCACUUAAAGGUAACUUGAGGAUACAUUUGCGUAUCCAUACAGGAGAAAAGCCAUUCAAAUGUGAUAUUUGUUUUAAAACUUUUUCACAUAAAGGUAACGUGAAGAAACAUUUGUGUAGUCAUACAGGAGGAAAGCCAUUCAAAUGUGGUAUUUGUUUUAAAAGUUUUUCACAGUCAAGUGGUUUGAAAACACUUUCGUGUAGUCAUACGUGAGAAAAGUCAUUUAAUUAUGAUAUUUGUUUGAAAACAUUUUCUAAUGAAAGUUAUUGAAAAGUAAAUAUGUGCAGUCAUAGGAACAUGAUAAUGAAUGAAUGUUUUAUCAUGAUUAAACUAAUUUUUCACAGUUUU